AUGAAGGGUCAGACGGCGUUGCACGGUGCCUUUUUAUGGCGUCAAGUCGACGUAGUAGUAGAAUUGAAACAGAAUUGGCGGGCAAAGGACGAUUCUGAAUUUAUCGCGAUGUUAAGUCGCAUUCGAUUGGAUAAAGUAAGAAAAAUUACCCUGGACGACAAACAUCCAAGUGAUUAUGAUGCAUUGAAAAAGCGGUUACUGAGCGAGAUCAAAAUUCGAUCGCCUGAGCAAUUUAUAGGUUUUAAAGACGCGCCUGUAAUUGUUACCCGCAAGUAUCUGAGAGACGCUAUUAAUGAAACAAAGGCUCGAGCGUUUGCCGCACAAAUAGGUCAGCAAUAUCAUGUAUAUCUCGCAAAAGACAAAAUUGGCGGCAAAUCACUGGUGAAGGAUCAGCAACAUCGGCUAUGGAAGUUGCCAACAACAAAUACGAACGAUUCACUUGGUGGGCUGCCCCUCAUUCCUGGCAUGCCAAUCAUGAUCACAGAGAACGCUGCUACAAGCUGUAAAAUUGUCAAUGGGAGUAGAGGCAUAUCGCAGUCGAUCACGUAUGAGAAUGAUGAAGACAAUAAUCGCUUCCCGGUGUGUGCGCUUGUUGAAAUCCAAGACAGUACAUUGCAUAUCCCUGGCCUGGGAAACAGUGUUGUUCCUAUCUUGCCAAUCACGAGCAGUUUUACAUUUCCUACAGGUGAGAAAAAUGUCAAUGUACGGCGCACUCAGUUACCAAUGUUGCCUGGCUGGUCAUUUACUGAUUUUAAAGUGCAAGGGAGCUAUUUACCGAAAGUCAUUGUUGAUUUGACAGGCACAAGGUCACUUCAGAGCAUUUAUGUUAUGCUGUCACGGGCUUCAAAACUAGAAAAUGUGGCUAUAUUGCGUUGGUUCUCUUCCCGAAAUCUGCAUGGGGAGUUGCAAGGUGAUGCUCGACAAGAGCUCCAACGUCUUCAAUACGUAGAGGCGACUACUCGUGCGAAGUACUUACAAAAACAUAUCAUGCAGAUCUGA